UAUAUAGCAGUGUCUACAUCUCCGCAGACCUAAACAAACAUCUUGCGAUAUCUAGUGAGCUCCAAGCUUUUCUUACUUCACUUUUGUCUUCAAAAACAUUAAAAAAAAAAAAUCAAAACUUGAGAAACAGAGCCCUGCUUCUGCCUAUCUUAGCAAAUUCAAAGGGAAUUUGAAGAAAAAUCGAGAGAAGUUUAAGUUGGAGCUUGAAUUUGUGACAAGGUCUUGGUCUCUAAUGAUGCAAGAUACAUAUGAACCCGUGGUUCACGGAGAAGAAAAGAUCAAGAAGGAAGAACUGCAUUUCAAAGUCAAGUCGAAGAGUAUGGAGCCAGAUCAUGACAAGGAAGAGAUGAUCAAGGUCGAGCUUGAAUUGAAGACUAAAUCGGUCGAGAAGGUGAAACCAAAGCAUAUGGAGGAGGAGGAUGAGAAACAUAAAGAGAAGGAUGAGGAGAAAUCGAAAGAGACAAUGGAAGAUGAAAAGAAGAAGAAAGAAGAAGUUGAGGGGAAGAAUAAGGACGAAGAGUGUAAAAAUGAUGUAGCAGAAAAGCUCGAGGUUAGUGAAGUUGGUGAGACAACGAAUAAAGAAGAGAAAAAGAAAGACAAGGAUCCAGAGGUGGUAGAAGAAGAUGCCAAUGUUGAGACGGAAGAGAAGAAAAACAAAAAGAAGGAUAAGAAAAAAGACGAGGUAGAAAAAUUUGAAAAGAAGAAGAAAAAGAAAGACAAGGAAAAGGAAAUGGAGCACGAGGUUGAAGAAGAGGAAGGGACGGGAAAGAAGAAAAAGGAUAAAGAGAAAAAGAAGGAAAAGAAGUCAGAUAAUGAGGAUGAACAAAAGAAGGACAAGAAGAAGAGGGAUAAGGAGAAAAAGAAAGAAGAGAAGUCGGAUAAAGAGGAUGAUGUAGAAGAUGCCAAAGAGAAGGAGAAGAAGAAGAAGAAGAAGAAGAAAGAUAAUAAGGAUAAGGAGAAAAAGAAAGACAAGAAGUGUGAUAAAGAGGAUGAGGAAGAGGAGGAGAAGAAGAAGAAGAAAGAUAAGAAGGAUAAGGAGAAAAAGAAAGAAAAGAAGUCGGAUAAAGAGGAUGAUGUAGAAGAUGCCAAAGAGGAGAAGGAGAAGGAGAAGGAGAAGGAGAAGAAGAAGAAGAAAGAUAACAAGGAUAAGGAGAAAAAGAAAGAUAAGAAGUGCGAUAAAGAGGAUGAUGUAGAAGAUGCCGAAGAGGAGGAGAAGAAGAAGAAAGAUAAGAAGGAUAAGGAGAAAAAGAAAGAAAAGAAGUCGGAUAAAGAGCAUGGAGUAGAAGAUGACAAAGAGGAGAAAAAGAAGAAAAAGAAAGAGAAGAAGGAUAAGGAGAAAAAGAAAGAGAAGAAGCACGAGGAUGAAGAGGACAAGGAAGAAGUAAGUGAAGAGUUAGAAGAGAAGAACAAUAAGAAUAAAGACAGAGAGAGGAAGUCGAAAUGGAAGGAAGAAGAAGAAGAAGAGAAGAGCAAGAAGAAAGAAACCGAUGAGAAUGAGGAGAAGAAACACGGAGACAGGGCAAACAAUGUGAAACCCGAGACUGCUAUAGGCUCUAGGGAACUUCAACUAGAAGAUAUCGAGAAAGAAUCGGACAGUGGAGAGAAGGAAGAGAACAAGCAGAACGGUAAAUCAAAAGAAGGAAAAGAGAAAAACAAGAAAUGUGAGAAGAAAACAAAAGAAGGGAAUGCCAAAAGCAAAGAUCUAAGCAAAGUGAAACAGAAGUUAGAGAAAAUCAAUAGCAAAAUUGAUGCUCUGCUUGAGAAAAAAGCAGAUAUUUUGAUGCAGAUUAAAGAAGCUGAGGAGAAGAAUAGUGAAGCUGCUGACAAAUGAUGAAUAAUACACACACACACACACACACACACAUAUAUAUAUAUGCAUGUAUGAAACACUCUGUCUAAGGUCAUACACUCUGAUAUGAAUAAGAUAGCUGCCAAUUUACAGUAUAGUAUUUGUGGAGUUAAAUAUGAUAAUAAUGAAAAGUUCCAGUUAGUAUUGAUGGUAUUGUUGCUA